AUGAGGGAGAAUUCCUCUUCCCAAUCCUCAGCUGCAGUACAAAUCUUCAGCAGAGCUCCUGCCCUUUGCGUUCUCGCCGGGCGAUCCGUCCUCCCGAUGGAGGAUUAGAAAGGAGAGUAGCCUGUCGCCGCCUUCGCCGCUGUCGCUGUUGCUGAUACAACUGUUCCUGUUCUGGUGAUGCCGUCGGCGCAAGGGAACAGACCGUGCGAACCGUAA